AUGCCUAGAUUUGCCAAAUCAGGUAUUCCUCUUCCAAGGAAGCCUGCACGUAUCCGCAGCUUCCCCAAUGAUGGCUGUAUUCCCUCAGUGUCAAGCACGCCCUUGCGUAUUGGUUGCACCAAUGAGACCACAUAUGCGAGAAUGCUUAGAGAAGAAGAAGAAGUAGAUCUGAUCUUCAACGUCACUGUCAGUGCAGCCAACUGGGCUCUGCUUGCCGGCUAUCUGGUAGUUCCUGGCACAUUUACCUCUCUUCAAAGCUCAGGGCAGGUGGAGCAUGCUUUACAAGCCAACAAAGCCGGUCGGACGGUGUUACACACGAUCCAGAAUCCUCCAUUACUCUCUAUUGCCUGUUGUCUCCUCGUCGGUGGUAUUGCGGCUUUCAUAUGGCUUCUCCAUUUUGCGAAGCUCAGAGGCAAUUACAUAUGGUUGAUCAAUAAGCUCUUCAUGCCAGUGUCGCUGAACGCUGUUGCUGAGAUGUUAACCACAAUUAUCAACGUUUGUGCAUCCCAAGGAGGAGAUUGGUCCGUCAUGGCCAUUGUAACAACAGUCGUUACUGGAACGACUCUCCUUAUCUCCCUGGCCCUGUUGUGUUUUUAUAAAUUCUACUUGUUGGAGAAGGUUAAACAGGAAGACGCGGUCUUGACACAUGUUUUGCCUUCGUCAAGAUCACAGCAUUAA